AUGACUUCUCAAUUCUCUGUCUCUAGCAAGAUACUGUUUCCUUUUACCUUCAAAAGGGCAUCUUGCGCUUCAAAAAUGGUUGCUUUGGGUUCAAAAGCUUUUCGCAAAAAACGAUGCUUUUCGGUCGUUGGUGUGAUGAUUCAGGGGCUCGAGUCUUGUUUAGCUUUUAUUUGAUGGUACUCUUGAUGGGGUCGCUGAAGAGUGAACUGCUGUGACAAAGAAGGAACGCGUGUGGAAACAACUCGGCGUUCGAGAAGUGUUUCUUUGCGCCAUUCCAUCGAACAGCUUGUCUGCAAGUAAAGCUGGAGACAUAGAAAAUGGUGUUGCUAUUCAGAUGAGUAAUUCAACGUUGCAAAUGAAACUUAUGUGGUUGUCCGCAAGAUUAGUGGCGAUGCCCACUUGUGCUGUUCCUCCGUUUGGCUAAUGGAUAUGUGCUGCACAUCAAAUAUGGGGAGACUUUCAAGUCAUGCUACAUUUCCGAAAGUGCCAGAGCUUCUAGCAUCUUGCAGCUUGUCAAGAGGCUUGCGUUCUGUGAAUCAAUGGCACAGAGAUCAUUCAGCUAUACUGUCAAGAAAUCUUGGUGACGCCAUUUGCUGUUACUUUGGUGUUGAUUCUUGUACUGAUAGGGUGAUAGCUGGUUUUUGGGUGGGUCCUGAUGUUGAUGAUGGUUGGGGAUAUGUGGAAGCCUUUAUCAAUCAAACAUUGUGAUAGUGGUUUGAUUGUGGUUCUCUCUUUGUUUUUCAUCGUUCCAUCUUAUUGCCUUAUUCAACAAUUAUGUUGAUAACUCCAUCGUGUGCUUCAAUAUAGUGAUUCAGCCGCAGGUUAAUAA